GCCACCCUUGCAUCGGAUGGCGUGGGGCAGAAGGAGCCCUGCGAUGGUGGUCGACUCAGGUUGAGCAGCUCGCCGUCUCCGUCUCUCCUUCUCACCACGUACUCCGGCUUGGAGGAAGGUGGGAGGAUGGCUGCCAAACGGGCACCCUCCGUCUGCCUCGCUUGCCAAGCUAGACAGGCGCUCAUCGGUCGGCGGCGACUGACAUCAAAUAAUCGGAGAUGGCUAGAAACAGCGGUCUUGAGUGCAUCCAGAGAGGGUGUGGCCUUGCGGACUGCAGGCAAGGGAACGUCGCGAAGACAGAACAGAGACGAUGCGGACAGGAUGCAGACAUCCGUCGCAGUCAACGGCGACCUUCCGCAAUGGAACCUCAACCAGCAGCAGGAGGACGUCCAUGGCGCUCUUGAAGGUCUGGAGAUCUUGUGGCGGGAGAAGGACAAACGUAUUCGGGUACUGAACGCAUUGUCAAAUCCCUGGCCAGAGAAGCCGCCACAUCGAGCACAUUUUGCAAAGAAAGCAGCAGACGCGCAUCUGCAAUUACCAGAAGCAAACGCCGCACGCAUCCCGCACGACAUGUUCCGGAAGAACCUCGCUCAAGCACUAACUGACAAAGCCGCAAGGCGGAUACUACGUGCGCAACUGCUCCGCUGCGAAGUGCCAAGAGAUAUUGUGCGUGUUAUUGCGGUGUGUCUCACCAUGAGCCGACAGACGCAGCAACAUAUUGCGGCCCUGCACGAGCCCAUCAUGCGUGCGUUGUACCGCUGCCGCAACAACGUCGAUGACAUGACAGUCCUGGGCACGUUGAACGGGAUCCAUAGUCGCUAUCUCAUCUAUGGCGUGCGAUUCGACCCUCACUUACUUGCUUUGGGCUUAAAGUUUGCCGCACGCUCGAGGAGUCUCCGCAACAUGAAGCGCUACCUCAGAGCCGUGAAGACGUCAGGACUAACCGUCAGCUCCAACAUUUUCCGAGCCGUCAUUGCCAAAUUCUCAAUCGGUCAUCGAGGGCUAGGCGAAAUACGCAAUGGACGCUGGAAAAAGAGCGACCUACUGGAAGUGCUGACCGGCUUCGAUGACUGUCGGCAUCUACCGCCCGAGCAGCAGUAUCACUUGGGAGUCUUUCUGGACCGCAGCGACUGGCAGUACUUGCACGGAUGGGUCGCGGUACUGGCUCGUUGCAAGGCCACUACGCUGAUUUGGCAAGAGUGGCUGCUGUGGAAGCAAAGUGAUGCCCGUUUACGGCCAAGGAAGCUAGUAGGGUACGGCAUCCUGACCACGUCUAGAGAGAGAGGCGACUAUUGGUUCGUCGAGCAGAUGGCGUUUGCGGGCGGGCUGAAGGAAGCCUGGGCGAUGGUCGCCGAGAUUGGCAUCGACUUCCGGGUAGCGAAGAACCGUAUCCAGCUCCGAUUGUUGGACGGCAUAGAGCACUGUCCCGAGAGUGUCUGGCGCGCUCAAGGCGAUGUGCUACGAAAAGAGCUGCUCCGCAAGUACGACGUGGAGCUGUCGAAGAUCGAGCGUGCUUUUAGCGUCACGUGGGUACCUACUGACCUUGAUGACGAGGCAGGAGGACACCAUAUCCUGCUAGAAGAUCAGGAAGAAGUGUUGGAGAGGCUUGGCGCGGAUGACUUCAAGCUUGAGGAGGACUAUGGGUUUCCGUACGAGACCAUAGUUUCGCCUCGCGAGCGCGGGUUGCAUGAUGCGGCUGAGCUGGGUUUGGUAGAUCCAUAGCACAACACGUUCAAGCAGAUGCUCCUACUGUCAUC